GAGAAACAAAUCUAUUCUAUACCCGAUAAGUAGCAAUACGCAAUGGGGAGUUGAUACCAUCUUCUAUCAGUAAAUGCUUUCAUACUUGUUCAUUAUUGGAAGGCUAUAUUGGUAAGAAUUUUUUCUUAAACUAAACCUUUCUAAUCUAUGCAGAAAAUAGAAUUAAUGAGUGAUAUUAUAAAAACAAUAACCUUAAUUAUUACGUUUCCACAUCAAAGUGAAAUAGAGUACUUAAUUAUUUUUUCUUUCAUUUAAUGCCUAUUGGUGUUCCAAAAGUUCCCUUUCGAAGUCCUGGAGAGGAAGAUGCAUCUUGGGUUGACGUAUACAACCGACUUUAUCGAGAAAGAUUACUUUUUUUAGGCCAAGAAGUCGAUAGCGAGAUCUCGAAUCAACUUAUUGGUCUUAUGGUAUAUCUCAGUAUCGAAGAUGAUACCAAGGAUUUAUAUUUGUUUAUAAAUUCUCCUGGCGGAUGGGUAAUACCCGGAGUAGCUAUUUAUGAUACCAUGCAAUUUGUGCGACCAGAUGUACAUACAAUAUGCAUGGGGUUAGCUGCUUCAAUGGGAUCUUUUAUCCUGGUCGGAGGAGAAAUUACUAAACGUUUAGCAUUCCCUCACGCUUGGCGCCAAUGAGUUUUUUAUUUGAAAGAAAAAAGAAAACUAUGCCUUCACCAUAUCAAAUAUUAAUAUUUUAAGUAAUAAUAGCAUGGCACUUUGAAUUCGAUAUGAGAUAUUUUUCUCUAUUUUAUUUUCAAAACCUUCAAUUAUGUAUCGAAAGAGGAGUAUGAGAUGAAGAGUAUUCCCGAUUUCUUUAGGAGUCCAUUUCAGCGUCACAAACUUUUUUUCAUAACAAAAGACUCUAUUUAUGUUUGAACGAGUACAAAAAAAUUUUCUUUCUUAUUUUUCGAAUCAAAAAGAAACUUUGGGAUUGCUUAACUACAGAUGAAAUAAAUAUAUAAAGCAACGGAGCCAUCAUAGUAUUUUUAGCUCCUACGAAAAGAAGGGUGGUAAUUGGAUAAUUUACUGAUCUGGAUCUAAUCAAUUCUAGAUUUUCUCUUUGUUCAACGGAAAAUGAAAGUAAAUUCCAUUCUAUAGCCGUAUGCAAUGCGAAAAAAAUGCCCGUACGGUUGUUCAAUUCUAUCUUUUUUAUUCUUAAUUCCAUAUUUUUUCUAUUCAUCACAUUACGCGAGAUAGAAGAACUUUUUUAUGGUAUAUAUCAUCAGGGUAAUGAUUCAUCAACCCGCGAGCUCUUUUUAUGAGGCCCAAACGGGAGAAUUUAUCCUGGAAGCGGAAGAACUUUUGAAAUUGCGUGAAACCCUCACAAGGGUUUAUGUACAAAGAACGGGCAAACCCUUAUGGGUUGUAUCCGAAGAUAUGGAAAGGGAUGUUUUUAUGUCAGCAACAGAAGCCCAAGCUCAUGGAAUUGUUGAUCUUGUAGCGGUCGAAUAAAAGGAAUAAAAAUAGUUUUAAACAUUUGAAAUUUUUUCUUGUUACUCGGUUUACCAUUCUGUGUUUAAUAUUCCAUUAACUAUAAAAAAAAAUUCGGUUAGGAUUGAUCUAAACCAGCCCAUUAUGUAUAUGAUUCAGCAUGCCAACUAUUAAACAACUUAUUAGAAACACAAGACAGCCAAUCAGAAAUGUCACGAAAUCCCCCGCUCUUCGGGGAUGCCCUCAACGUCGAGGAACAUGUACUAGGGUGUAUGUGUGACUCGUUCAGAUUAUGAGCUGGAACAAAAAAAAGCAAAUGAAAGGAAAGAAUUUUUCCAGUAUCAAUAA